CCCUCACACAGCAUUGUUCACAGCAGGCACAGAGGGAGACACCAGGACUGACAGAGCCAUCAUCAGCCUCUUCUUCUGGAGUGAACGUCUCUACUGUGCAGAAUGCUUUACAACGAGUUACUGGGGCUCUGGAAUGAGUCUGUGCAGGCAGUGGACGCUAAGGACUGGGAAGGAGCUCUGGCAAAGCUCGAGCAAAUCACUGAGCCGACUUCUCGCACACAUUUUAACGCUGCCUUAGCUCACCUGGCACUGGGCCAGACGGACAUGGCUCUGAGGUCUUUGGACUUCACCAUUGCCAAGGAUGAGCGGCUUGCUGUUGCCUUCUUCCAGAGAGCGGCCUUGAUGAUGCAGGUUGACAGGUUGGAGGAGGCUCUGUCAGACUGCAUCUGGGCGCAGAAGCACAUGAGAGGGAAUGUUGUCAUUGACUACAGACAGCUGGGACUGAGAUACAAACUCUACAGCUGGCAGGUAUUAUAUAAUGCAGCAGCUGUGUAUAGUCGGAUGGGCCAAUGGGAGCAAGCUAUGGACAUCCUGCUGUCAGCCACUCAGGAGAGAGGACAAGGACGAGUGGGCAAUAUUGAGGUGGCUUUCAAAAGCAUUGAAAGAAAGGAGGCCUUGAACCCUUUGAUGGUACCAGAAGGGUUGGUGUUUCGUCCCAGGAAACAGGAGAUUGAGCAACUGCACCAGAGAGACUUCCUGGGGAAGGCGAAGGUGAUUUCUUCCAUGAUUCCUAAUGAUGACUUUGGAGGCUUUGAACCUCUGAGGCAGCAGAAACCUGGUUUCUAUGAGCCUAAAACAGAUGGAGCUCAAGAGUCCCGAUACAUGCGUGUGCGAGUUCCUUACAUGGCUCGGGGCCCAGGACAGCUGACUGUGCCCGGAGGGGCCAUGGUGUUCCUGUUUGGAGAAGAGGACAGAGAUGGAAUGAUAAAUGUCAUACACGAUGGACAGAGAGGACUCCUGCCAUUGUCACUUCUUGAACCUGCAGACGUCAAGAAAUCCAGGAGCAGGAAGAAUCAUCUUCCCAGUGGGAUCCCCCUCCCACCAGAACUCAAGCCACCAAGUCGCCCACCGACCCAGCGAAGCUCUGCAGCUCCUCCUCGGGUGAGUCCUUCCACCGAGACUCCGCCUCCAUCCUACAAUACUGCCACCCACGCACAGUCAGCCUCAGGGCCCCCCAGGUACACAGCCAACGCAGCCAGCAGUCAGCAGGCUGGAUCCCCUCAAGGAGAAGAGGCAGGAUCUGUGGUAGUGAAAGUCCACUUCACCUACAACAUAGCUCUGUCUGUCCCUCUGUAUACACCGUACCACGAACUGAAGGAACGAAUCGCAGAGAAAGUGGGCCAUUCAGCAUCUCAGCUGCGGCUCAGACAUAAACAGCAUGGGUCCCGAGUACUGACGCCUCUGCCUGGAGAGGUGGAGCCAGGGCGCUCUGUGCAGGAGGUGACUGAGGCUGGCAGAGUCACCCUUUGGUGUCAGAGAGAAGACGCCCUGGCAAACCGUACCAUCCUCUACCAGAUGGUGGCGCUGUAUGACUAUGCAGCUCAAGGCCCGGAGGAUUUAGAGUUCAGUGAAGGAGACACCAUUGAUAUCCUGGGUGAAGUCAAUCAGGAAUGGCUGGAGGGACACUGUGCAGGGAAUAUCGGCAUCUUCCCGUGUUGCUUCGCCUACAGGGAGAACAACAACAUCAUUCAGGAGUUUUGACAGCAGAUGUGGAUCGAUGUUGUUGUCUCUAAUGAACCCAUUAACCUAUAGACCUGUUAAAAGCCUUACAGACAACAAAACAGACUCUGAACUGACUUCAUGUUCAUUUAAGUUAUUUAUGUCUCACAUUGUAUUACUUUAGAUGAGGUGGCCUCUGUAAUCCCAGAGGCUCACAGUGAACCUCUACAUCGCCAGCCUCAGGCUCCUGAAUACAUCUUUUGAUACUUUGCUUGUAUAAAGCAAACCUGAAUGCAAACGUAACUCUGGAAAACAGACAAAUGACCCCACACAUGCUGCAUGAAUCUUAAUGGGGAAAAAUACAUUUUCAAAAUAUCCAUUAUUGCAAAGAGAAUGUUUAUAUUCAAACUGUUUCACAUUACCUUAUUUUGCCAAAUGGCAGUACUGAAAACUCAAAUCACUGUACAUUUUCUCAGUUUUCAUGCCGUAUGAACAAUAACUAAAAAGUGUUUGGAUGGUUGUUUAAAAAAAUAAACCUGUAUGAUAUACUUCA